GAGGAAGAGGCGGAGGGGGACGGUGGGCCGGCCCCAGAAGAUGGCGGAGGCGGGGGUGAGUUGGGGUCUCCCAACGGAGUGCAGGAUUUCUGGUAGGUCCUGCCUUAGGACAAGAUGUGGUACCACUGAAACAUCGAUCUGCUUUGAGUCACAGACAGCUGAACUUUUCACCUGGGAAACCUUUUUAAACUUAAUUUUGUUUUGUUUUUAUGGCUUACUGAACUUAUGAAACCAUGGUGGAAGGAGAGACGAAGUCACCUGGGCCCAAAAAGUGUGGUCCGUAUAUUUCAUCCAUCACUAGCCAGAGUGUGAACUUGAUGAUUCGAGGAGUAGUGCUAUUUUUUAUUGGAGUAUUUCUCUCGUUAGUGUUAAAUUUGCUUCAGAUUCAGAGAAAUGUGACACUUUUUCCACCCGAUGUGAUUGCCAGCAUCUUUUCUUCUGCAUGGUGGGUACCACCGUGCUGUGGCACAGCCUCAGCUGUGAUUGGGUUAUUAUACCCUUGCAUUGACAGGCAUCUAGGAGAGCCACAUAAAUUUAAAAGAGAGUGGUCCAGUGUAAUGCGGUGUGUAGCCGUCUUUGUUGGCAUAAAUCAUGCCAGCGCUAAAGUGGAUUUUGAUAACAACAUACAGUUGUCUCUCACACUGGCUGCACUAUCCAUUGGACUGUGGUGGACUUUUGAUAGAUCUAGAAGUGGUUUUGGUCUUGGUGUAGGAAUUGCUUUUUUGGCAACUGUGGUCACUCAACUGCUAGUCUAUAAUGGUGUUUAUCAAUAUACAUCUCCAGAUUUCCUCUAUGUUCGUUCUUGGUUGCCAUGUAUAUUUUUUGCUGGAGUCAUAACAAUGGGAAACAUUGGUCGACAACUAGCAAUGUAUGAAUGUAAAGUUAUUGCAGAAAAAUCUCAUCAAGAAUGAAGAAGGCAAAAAUGUAUCUUUUAUAUAUCAAGAAGAAAAUGGCAUAUAAAUGAUAGAAAUACCAACAAAACUUCGGACUGUAAAAAAUUGCCAAGAUGCAGUUUUUCCCUUGAUUGGUGUGUAUAGACACAUACACAUGUUGUUAUUGCAAUCUGUGAUUGCAUCAUCUGUAAAUCAGUUGCAAACCUUUGUGUAUUUGAGUUAGGUAACUGUAAGAUAUAUGUGCACUACAUUAAAAUAUGUUAAUAGAUGAAAUUUUUAAAUUAAUUUUUUAAAUAUACCAUACAUUGUAUUACAAUGUUGACGUGCCAAAAUAUUCUCUGUCAUGAAGAAUUAAUAAUGCUUUGAAUAGUUUUUAAAUUUAGAGAACUAAGAUAUAGAAGAAAGCCAAAAAAACAAGCAAACAAACAAACAAGAAAAGGGGUAGCUGGUAUAUUUUCUUUUGCUUACUGUUGUGCCUUUUUGUUUUUCUAGUCACAGCAGUAUGAGUUAUGAGUGCUCUGAUGUGUGGUUAGUUUCUGUUUUGAUGUUAUUUCAAAGAGUUUGAGUAUUUUAAUAUAUGGUGAAAAUGAACUUGUAUAGAAUGGGUUUAAACCUGUUACUGGAGAGAGCCCAAAGAGUAAGUUUCUAUUAUAGCAGAUUUUAUUGUUGGUAUAUGUGAUGGGCAGGUGAAGUUACCAACAUUAAAUUGCUUUGAGUUUAACUUUGGAAGAGUACAUGUAAUUAAAAGUUAGUGAAUUUAACUAGAAUAGAUAAGGUUGGGGAAUACAAAGUGACCUUCUCCAGUGCCACAGAGCAUAAAGUGAUAAUAGUUUAGUUGUUAUUUGCAAUACAGAAGCUCACUGCUUUUGCACAUGGGAGGUGUAAGAAAUACCAAACAGAUCAAAAUGACAUUUCUAAUUCUAUCGGGUUCUGUAAUCUAUUGGAUUCUAUAAGCGAUCACUCUAGCUGGGCGUGCAUGUGACUGUCAGUGGAAUGCCUGGAUUUGCAAUCUAUUUAUGCAUUAUGAGGACUGGGUGGAUACAUAAUUUCCUGUACAUUCAGCUCUACUGGUAACUAGUUCAAGCACACUCUGUGCAUGUUUAGGAUCUUGAAUGCAAUUUUGGACAUACUUUGCUAACAACUACAUCUAUUUAGGUAUGGCUCAAGUUUAAACUUAGCUGACUCUCCCUCCCAUAAUUUUCCUUUUUGAAAUUGUUGACAGUUGACUGAUGCACCUUCUGAGUGCUGUAGUGAGUGUGUGCUUGUGUGUUGAGUGUGUGCGUGAGAGAACAUGUACAAGUGUAUGUAUAAGCAUGUGCUCUGCUUUCCUAGAAUGUCAAGGAGAUUUUUUUUAAAUUUUGGAUUUAAAACAAUUGCUCUCAGACUGAGGUCUUGUAUGCCAAACUUUAAUCUGCUUUUAUGUUUUCAGGUGAAAAUCCUAAGAGGAUUUCAUGUUGAAUAUGUGUACAACUUAACUAUAUUGGUGGUAAACAUACUACUAUAACUUUAUUAUUCUGUCUUCCAGAUAAUGUUAUUCAUUUAGGAAAAUAAGGUAUAUUUUUAGAAUUGACUUUGUAAGCACUAUAAAAUCUUUAAUAAGUUAUAAGGCCUAUGAUGUAUUUACUUUAAAAAUUGCUGUUAAAAGCAGGGUGUAUUAAAUAUAUAAUAUCAUCUUGACUGAGUCUCUUUUCCUUCCUCAUGAUAAGCUUUAGAAUAUAGUACUUAAAAAACUAAUAUGUGUG